CCUUUCUAUUGGCUGGACGUGGAAGUGUAUGAUGAUUGGCCUCUGUAAUGUUAGUUUUGAUAGCUGAUUGGUCCCUCUUGGUCACAGCCCGGUGACAGCUAGCUGGCGGGAGACGAGGCACAGCGCGAUCGAGCAAGCAAUGAGUUCUGACACAGAAAGGGGGAGCAGGAACCUCCAGGUGCAAUUUGUACCUGAUGAAGAUGUCUUGGAACAUAUUAUCGAUAAGCAAGAAGGCAUCAGACUUAGAAACAGCACCACUGCCCAGCGUCUUAAUAAUGUGAAGGACUUGACAAAGAACAUUAAUGAACAGUAUGCAGAUGAUGAAACGUUGGAGGUUUGGAAGGAAAAGGAUUAUGUGGAUGUUUUAAGAACAGAUGCUGAAGAUGUCUUGCAGGAUGGACAUGGAACGGGAGGUGGUGAGGUGUAUUCUUUCCAGACAAUAAAGCGUUCCAACAAGAUGGCACAACUUGCUUCUGAAUUGGCCCGAACACCUGGUAAGACUGUGACGUUCUCCACCAGUGAUGGACCUCAGGAAGCCAUUAGUCCACCCGCAAGCAGCAAGAAACAGUCCACCAAUAAAACCCCAUCGAAGGGAAAGAAACCUGAAUUUAUUUCCACUACUCCCCAUAGACUGAGGAAGAGACUAUCAGCAAUGGAUCUAAGAUCUGACAGUGAGAGUGACUACUCUGCCUCCAACUCUGAUGAAGAUAUGGAUGAUCGGCCAGCUACCGCGAAAACCCCUAGUAAAGUGUUACAGAUCCCAAGUGAAGCAACUCAGACCCCUGGUAAAACACCAUCCAAAAGGGGGAAGAAGAACAACUUGCUAGAAGAGUACUUUGAAGCCCACAGCAGUUCCAAGGUCCUGACUUCAGACAGAACAUUACAGAAAUUACGAACACCAAAGUUAGACCAGGAGACAUUGCGGAAGCUUCUGGACCAGUACCCUUCUGCAUUUGCUGAUGAUCUUCAAAAUCUGAAUGUAAAACAUGAGGCCCUCUUCCAUAAGUGGAUGCUGCAGCUUCACCUAGGCUUUAAUAUUGUCCUUUUUGGUCUGGGUUCCAAACGAAACCUCAUCGAAAAGUUCCGGACCACACUACUGCAGGACUCGCUCCACAUUGUUAUCAAUGGGUUUUUCCCAAGCAUCACAAUUAAAUCAAUCCUGAACUCCAUCACAGAAGAAGCACUCAGUCACCCUGGAACCUUCCGUAGUCCUUUGGAUCAAAUGAACUUUAUAGUACAGAAGUUCAAAGAGGUGCCAUGUCUAGAACUAUAUCUUCUCAUCCAUAAUCUGGACAGUCAUAUGUUAAGAGGAGACAAGAGUCAACAGGUACUUGGACAGCUGGCAUCUAUCCCGAAUAUUCAUCUUCUGGCUUCCAUUGACCACAUAAAUGCUCCUUUAAUGUGGGAUCAGUCAAAGCAAAGUCUCUAUAACUGGCUGUGGUACGAGACGACAACCUAUAGCUCCUAUAUAGAAGAGACCUCCUAUGAAAAUUCAUUGCUGGUGAAGCGCUCUGGAGCACUGGCCCUCAGCUCCCUCACUCAUGUACUUCGCAGUCUUACACCCAAUGCCAGGGGCAUUUUCCGUCUGCUUGCAGAGUAUCAGAUGGCCAACAAGGAUAACCCAUCAUAUACAGGUCUUUCAUUUCAAGAUUUUUAUCAGCAAUGCCGUGAAGCAUUUCUUGUCAAUAGUGACUUAACACUGAGAGCUCAGCUGACUGAGUUUAGAGACCACAAGCUGAUACGAACUAAAAAGGGUCCAGACGGUGUGGAAUAUUUGAUCAUUCCAUUAGACUUAGGAACCUUAGUUGAUUUCCUGGAAAUGGAAGACAAGGAAGGAUAAGGACUGAGCCAUCAAUACAUGAGCAGCACUGUGGACUUUGCUGGUCAAGGAUCUCUAUCUCAGAAGCUAUCAACAGAACAGGAGAACUUGCCUUACAAAUAUAUUGCCAUUGUGUAUAACUGGGUGCUAUGGUAUGGAAAAUUUCAGAUUUUUUUUCAUCUUGAGAGAUGUAUAUUGCAUAAACAUCACCUUUGCUAUUGGCCGCUGUGCGACAAACACUUAGGAUUGAGUCCAAGCAUGUUAUAAUGCAGUUUGUCACAAUAUUGGGACGGAGUACUGAUAAGGCCUCUGGGAAAUAAGAGAUGGGAUCUGAUCAGUAGUUAGUAGCUAAAGUAACUCCAUCACAUGAAGUGAUAACUACCUUGAUAAAUCUCCUCCAUCAUGUUUUCUGUGUACUAUAAAUGCAGUUGUAAUAUAAACCUGUAGAACACGGUGUCUUCAAAUAAAA